AGAUCUUUCUAGAAAGUGCCCUCUUAUUCCGGUGAGCUACACUAGUAUAAGGGAGGGAGCAAUGGCUAUUUAAAAUGGAUAAAAUAACGCGAUCUUUAGUUUUGAGUAACCGCCUCCAAACAAACAUCACAGGACCAGCAGCCAUCUGCAUCACACAGGAUCUGACACUCGCCACAGUCAGCGCACCAUCUUAACGGUCUGUAUAGGAGAAAAUGGGUAAAGAUUACUACAAAAUUUUGGGAAUUGCUAAAGGGGCAUCGGACGACGAUGUUAAAAAGGCAUACAGAAAACAGGCUUUGAAAUGGCACCCUGACAAAAACAAAGCGGCUAAUGCGGAGGAGAAAUUCAAGGAGGUCGCGGAGGCUUACGAAGUUCUUAGCGAUCCAAAGAAACGAGAAAUAUAUGAUCAAUACGGCGAAGAAGGUCUUAAAGGAGGUGGAGGGGCGUCGGACGGACCAGGGGGUAACUUCACCUACACCUUCCACGGGGAUCCUCACGCGACGUUUGCCACGUUUUUCGGUGGCGCCAAUCCUUUCGAAAAAUUGUUUAGCAGGAAAGUCAAUGGACAAGACGAUGAUAUGGAGGUGGACGGCAGUGACCCAUUUGGUUCGUUCACGAGCUUUAAUAUUAACGGAUUUCCGCGCGAAAGGCACGUUGGACCGGGAGGCCCGCCGCGCAGAAAACAAGACCCUGCUAUCCACCACGAGCUCCGGGUGUCUUUAGAGGAGGUUUUUCACGGUAGCACCAAGCGCAUGAAAAUCUCACGCAAGCGCUUGAAUCCGGACGGUCGGACCUUGAGAACAGAGGACAAAAUCCUCACCAUUGAGAUCAAGCGUGGAUGGAAAGAAGGAACCAAAAUCACGUUUCCACGAGAAGGCGACGAAUCGCCCAACACCAUUCCCGCAGAUAUUGUGUUUGUCAUUAAGGACAAACCUCACGCCCAUUUCCGACGAGAAGGGUCUGAUAUAGUGUACCCGGUUCGGGUCAGUUUGCGUCAGUCAUUAUGUGGAUGUUCAGUCACCGUGUCGACGAUAGAUGGUAAAACGUGCAAUAUGAAGAUAACCGAUGUUGUCAAACCUGGCAUGAGGAAGAUAAUUGCUGGACAAGGACUGCCCUUCCCAAAGAACCCCGAACAGAGAGGAGACCUCAUUGUGGAGUUUGACGUAAACUUUCCCGACAGUUUGCCAACUAAUGCCAAGGACGUCCUGAAACGGCACUUACCGACCUCAUAAAGGCAGGUUGAACAGACUUUAGUGACAUUUCUAUAUGAACAAUUCAGUCCCAUUUAUAUGUGGACUAUAAUGACAAAUCAGAUUUUGAGAAUGUGCAAUUUCUAUUUUUAUCUAAUUGUUUGUUCUUUAUACAUAUGUGUGUAAUACAUAUAUUUAUAUACAGUGGGUAAAAUUAGUAUUGAAUACAUAAGCAUUUAUUUUUUUUGUAAGAAUAUUUCUAAGAGUGCUAUUGACAUGCAAUCCACACAUGCAAAGAAAUCAAACCAUAGAUGUCCAUGAAUUAAGUUAUUUGUAAUCAUGAUGUUUAAAUGUGUGUACAAAUUUAAUGUCAAUAGCACCUUCACAAAUAUGUUUACUGAAAAAAAUGGUGACCUGUUUAAUACUUAUUUUACUGCUGUAUAUAUAAAUUAUGUUGCAUGCCUUAUGUAAAGUGCAGUCUAACUGUCUGAAAGUAAAUGUUUGUCGUUUGUUUCAAUGCUUUAGUUGAAUUGUGCAGUAGCCUUUUAACUAAACAUGUUCAGUUGAAACUUUGUACCUCUUCAGUAAUACACAGACAAUAGAUUAAAAUAAGUUUUGUUUUUGGUUGUUUUCAUGUAGAUUAAAUUACAUGAAAUUUUCAAGGUGAA